UGAUGAUGAUAGUGAGCAUUUAUUUAUGAUCGUUUCGGUUGACUCGCUACACGUGCUUUCGGGUUGGCACUUGAACAACGACGCGUUGACGUACGGCUUGGCAGGCAAUUUGUUUUUUUGCAGCGCUGUAGUGCGCGCCGCCGGUAACCUCGGUUUAGUGUAAACACGCAAGCAUGCACCCCAGAUAGAAGCGGUGGUAAGGUGUGCAACCCGUCCAACAGGGCUACAACACCCGUAUGUGGAGCAUCUCUGUGAACUCUGCUCCACAUAGUGUCCUUCCGGGAUGGAGCUGGAAGAUUUCGCUCUCAUCACUGCCGGAUGCUGCGGUGACAACGAGGUGAUCGGUCUCCUAGAAAAGCUCGAGAGGUGUUGGAGCUCCUCGAAUCGCGUCCCCGGCGGCGGCGACGGCGAUUUGGGGGCCUGGCCUCCUCGCGAUUCCGUGACUCGCACAACUAGGCUGGUUCUUCAAGACGCCUGUCUUCGCGUCGCUCAAGGCGGAUCCUUUGACGUUCAGAAACCUUACGCGGUUGGCCUGCGCCGACUCGUACGAGCCGUCACACCCGCAGUCUCCUGUCUCCUCCGUGACCCCCAGUCGUCUUGUAACUUAAGCCACUCUCCGGUGUUUGCGGCGACCAUAUCAGACAUCGUGCCGCCGCUUCUCGAGUGCGCCAGCGUACUCGGAGAUGACGAACUUGGGGAGGCGUACGACUGUGUUGCCAUCGCAGUGGAGACGUUCCUUUCCGCGACUCUGAGCGACACCGUCGAACCUUCGUUGCCGAUCCUAAACUUGUGCUUCGAAUGCUGUCGAGCCUUGGUUCGAACCGGUGACGAGUGUGCCGCCUCUGGACACCUGGAAAACCUGUCUGAGCUGAUGCUAGAGGCCCUGAAAGUCGGCAAACCCGCAAUCGUGCCUCAGGUAAUAGCGAGAUACGUCCCAGAACUCGCUACCGUACGUGAAAACGACUUGCAGUCUUUCAUCAGGAGAGCCCUAGAGGUGGUGCGUUCGUUCUUCGAAGCGAACGAGAAUGGAUAUCUGGAGGAAAAGCACUACGGGGGUUUCGCGAUAUUAUGCGGGCUUGCGCAGUACCUGCGACGCACCGUACUUCGCAGCGACAGUUCUGCCACAGAAGUCUGCGACGACCUCUUCUGGCUCAUUAUCCAGCACGGCUUGGUGCACCCAGACUCCCUGACGCGAAAGAGGUCCAUGUACGUCAUGAAGCACGUCUUGGACGCUUGCUGCGAUGAGAAGUUAUCCCACUCUGGUGUUGUUUUCUCUUGGAACCCGGACGAAGCGGCCGAGCUGAUGGCAGUUUGGCAAGAACUGUUUCUCGUUCUGGAAGUGCUUGAAGAGAAGCAGCCCCACGUCGUGAAGCCGAUGCUGGCAAAGUUUUCAUCGUUCUUGGAGCGCGUGGAGGACUCCUCGAAGGUCCACGUUUCCUGGAUUCUCCUCGUGUUCAACCGGAUGCUGACGCACGAGAGCCGGACUGUGGUCAAGUGGGCUAUCUCCAAAUUCACAAGCUCACCUGCUUUGGUGAAGCUAAUGUUCGACAGCGGCAUGGAAAAGUUUGUCCUGGGCCCUCUCAUACGCUCCUUGAAUGACUGUGCCAUCUUUGCAAGGGAAGACGCUGAUCCACUUGGUUCCCCGGCUCGUCUGUCAGAAAGCCUUGAAGUGUUCUUCAAACACUGCCACGACAUGCUGUCAACCACAGACAAAUUUGGAGGUUUCCUCGAAAAGCUGUUUGCAGCGCUGUCAAAGCAGUCCUGGAACGGUGUCUCCCUCAUGUACAUCAGCUAUGCCCUGCUCGGCAUCAAGAAGCAGCCUAUCCUGGGUGACUCUGCGCUAGUCAGCGUUGGGGCAAUCAUUGUUGACAUACAGCGAUUCCAGGAGCCCGUGUUACGUGCAGCUGCCCAGUGCUAUCUGUUGGUCGUCUGCUUGCGGCUGCUUGAUCCCACGAAAAUGACGUACCACCAGCUCUCGGCCUUCCUGGGCCUCUUCGAUCGGGAAGAGGUCAUGACGAGAGGCACGGCUCAGUGGAAGGUGACGGUCUCGGCGCUGCGAGAGCUCCUGCUGACCGAGGACUCGGAGGAACCGGGCCUCCGGCCAGCCGACGUGACCAGCUUUCUGGCACACUCAGUUAAGGAUCUUAUCGAAGCCAGUUGUCACAGCUCAAUAACAAACAUGACCUGCGUGUGCCGGCUAGCCAGGAUGGCCGUGCUGUUCCACGACGCGAGGUUGCUAUGUGGCGAGGUCACGUGGGAGAAGCUUCUCGAGGGCAGCAUCGAGAUCUUGAGCGGGGCCGGCACCAGGCCCUACCUAGCGCGGCACCACACGCUCAGGGCGGCGCAGCUCUUCAUCGCCCUCGACCACGAAGCCAAGCCAUUGAAUGGCGACUCUUCUUUGCAAGAGGAGCUGCUCCUGCUACUUGUGCCACGUUCUGAGGAGAUGCACGAGUAUAUCUACAAGCUUGCCUUUGGCUCAAUCAACAGUUUGGACGAUUUCGAAGAGACGCAGGUUCACUACCAGUUCUUGAACAUUCUUGCCAGUGAGCGCGAGUUCAACUCCCUCUUCUACCAGUUCAUCAACGAGGGCCUCGAGACUUGCAGAGAGAAGCUCAUGCAACUAACUGAAUCGGAGGUUGUGUCUGUGGAAACGGUGCCUUACUGGAGGUUCCUCCGCUGGGUCCUGAAACGCUUUCCCCGGAAGACAAACGAAGUGGAAGCACUGCUCCUCGAAGUCGUUGCCAAAGGAAGCAUCUCGAAGCCAAUAACAAGACCCGGCUCUUGGCUCAUCCAGGACAGAGUUGCCAAGUCGCGCUGGGUGGCAUUUGCGGCCGCGGUGACGGAGCUCGUUUGGGAGAGCGUCUCCAAAAUUGCCCUGUCGACCGACGAGCUCUGCAACAGGCUGAUCACGGAGGCCAUCGAAGCCCUGGAGACGGCGUCGCAAAAGUCGUGCCUUCACAUUCUGAAGGCGGUGUCGCACGCCCUGUCGUUGGUCAAGGUCGUGGAUGCCGACCUCCUGUCCAAGUGCCUGAAGGCCUGCUGGCAAAGUUGCAAGGACUUGAAGAAGAGCGACAUAUUCCGGCCGGCCGUCGAGUUGUUUAUCGGUUUUGCUUUUCAGCCCGCUCUACUGCAGCCCUACCGUGGACGCCUGCUGAGUCAUGCAAGUCUUUUUCAAUUUUUCGAACUUCAUUUAUUUGCUGGACUAGAAAAAUGA